GUUAUUUCAAUUUGGAGACCUCUCCCUAUGAGAAUCCAGCAAAUGAAGAACACUGGAAGACAGAUUAUAAUAGACUGGCAGCUCUGUUAUCAGGCUCACAGUUAGCAGGAGAUGCAACAAAUCCAUGCCUGAAAGCUACUCACGUCUGUAAUCUGAGCAAGAAGUGUGUUCGUCUGCGCACAGACUAUGCCUCUAUCUGCACCAAGGGAGCAGGAAGUGAGGACAUGUGUGACCGUCGCAGAUGCCACAGAGGGCUAAGGAAUUUCUUUGAGAAAGUCCCUGAGGAUUUCACCAAAAGGAUCCUAUUCUGUCCAUGUCAAGAUGAACUUUGUGGAGAACGACGCCGGAAAACUAUUGUUCCUGAUUGUUCCUUUCAGUAUAAUACCAAACCCAAUUGCCUCUGGCUUCUGGACUCCUGCUUAGAAGACCAUAUCUGCAAGUCCCGACUGGCUGACUUCCAACAAAACUGUCAACCUGCGGACAUGUCUCCAGAUGGUUGCUCUCAGCACAACUAUGCUGCAUGCCUGCAGGCUUACAUGGGGAUGAUUGGCACGCCCAUGACACCCAACUAUGUCAGCAACUCCAGCGUGGAGGUCUCCCUGUGGUGUACAUGUGAGAGCAGCGGAAACCAGAAGGAGAAGUGCGACCAGAUAUUCGGCAUGUUUGAGAGCAACAAAUGCCUUGAAAAUGCCAUUUGGUCUCAAAUGCACCUGAAGCAGACAGCUCUAGAAAGACAGGAAGACUUAUUUUAUUCAUCUUCCCUAAGUUUCCAAGGGGACAGUGCCAGCACAUCUCUUGCUUCAGAAAUGUCCCAGGUGGCUGAAGGGAAGACACAGCGAGACAUCUCCGAACACAGCAGUAUGCCUAUGGCCUCCUCUGUGUAUUCUGGAGCUGCUAGUUCUUGGCCAUCUCUGGCUCUGUUCCUGCCCCUGUUGCUGAGCCCACGUUAACUUGACAUAAAUGGCAUCUUUCCUUCCUAUAUUAUUAAUCUUAUUCCAUAUCCAGGCACCUCCCACUA